AUGGCGGAGGGCCCCACGAGUCCAGGCGGUGGAAGCCAUGAGAGUGGGGAUCUGAGUCCAAGGUCUUCGAAUGUUCGGGAGCAAGACAGGUUCUUACCGAUUGCGAAUAUCAGUCGCAUUAUGAAGAAAGAGCUACCAGCUAAUGGAAAAAUCGCAAAGGAUGCUAAGGAAACUGUCCAGGAGUGUGUUUCUGAGUUUAUCAGCUUCAUCACCAGCGAGGCAAGUGAUAAGUGUCUAAGGGAAAAGAGGAAAACUAUCAAUGGCGAUGAUCUUCUAUGGGCAAUGGCAACCUUAGGGUUCGAAGAUUACAUUGAUCCCCUCAAAUCCUACUUGAACAGAUUCAGAGAGGUAACUAAUUUUCAGAAUAUUACACCCUACUAA